AUGGCCCCCAUAAAGGCUACAAGCAGGAAAGCCACAAGCAGUAAUGCUAAGGGUCCAAAAUCAACUCCAAAUCCCACAUUCAAGCGGGCAACACCUAAGAGGAACCCGCAGUUAAAGCAAAUAUUCAGAGGUACGGAGAUGUCCUUGUCGGGUAAUUUCACCAGCUGUGACAAAAAUCUCCCCCAUGAGCAGAUUGCGAAAUGGAUCACCCUUCACGGUGGUAGCUUUGAAAGAGAAGUUACCGAAAGCACCACUCACCUAAUUUGCUCUAUUGAGGAUUACAAGAAACCGACAUCUCAAGUCAAGAAGGCGUCCAAGUUAGACAAAUGCCAAAUCGUCGUCUUCGAUUGGCUCGAAGACUGUCUGCUCCGCAAAGUCAAGCGUCUUAGAGCCGAGAGGGGAUACACUCUCGAGCGAACGAUUAAACGGAUCGCGAAAGGGAAGAAGGACCAACAGAGAUUCAGAGAGAAAUUCGAAGAAGACAAGCCGAAGAUAAAUCCAAUUACUAACGUCGAGGAAGGACUCAAUCAUGUGUACUAUGAUACCGUUGGCUUCGAGUAUAAAAUUGUUCUCACCCGGGUUAAUCAUGGUAGUCGUAUGACUACCGAGCGUUAUACUAUGAUUCUCUUUGAAUCGCACACCAAGCCUUCUCACUACAUGUUCGGCGCGAAAUACAACCGUUCCAGCUGCAAGACAUCCUAUUACCGCGACGAAUGCAGGCCAAAAAUAUUCUAUGAUGCGUUUCGUGAUUUCAAAACUUUCUUCACCAAGAAGACAGGCGUAGAAUGGGACAUGCGUCUUGAAAAGAUUAAGAACCCCGGGCUAUUCAUCUACACGCCUCCUGCUCUGGGUCUCCCGGUUGGAGAAUUUCCUUCGGGAUAUGUGCGUCCCGAGGAGAGGAACGUGAAAAUGGUUACUGAUACUAAUACGAACGUGGACAGUGAUGGCACCACAACUCAUGAGGGAUCUGAAACUAGCUCCUCCGGCGAAGAAUCUACCCCUUAUAUUGAAAUGGGUCUUGCGAGACGUUCCUUGUCAUUGGUGACUUCUCACAAUGAGGCUUAUUAG